GAAAUGAAUGUAACUAAAAAAAACAGAAUAACAGGAACAGCACAUGUUCAUAAAUUCUUAGGAACAAACAAAAACAGAAAGAAAGAUCCAGUCUGGUGUUGUGUGUGUCUGUCCUGGAUCUUCUCCUUCCUUUGCUUGUUUCCUGUCUCCUAUGAUUUCUCCGACUCAGUAGAAUCCAAAGGACAAACAACCAACAAUAACAAACUCUCUUCAUUCAAUUCCUUUUCAGCUUUGCCUACUCUUCUUCAGACAAGCAUUUUGUUUCUGCUUCUGGGGUCGUAUUCCUCAUACCCUUUUCUCCAUUCGGGAAUAGGGCAUUAAAAGAUUGUGUUGGAAAUGGUUGCCCUUAAUUAAUAUCUUCCUAUCCUGGGAAGAUUUGAGAUUAAGGUGCUGCUCGAGGGGUUUCAUUUGUUUUGAGAGAUGAGGGAGAAAAGACUUUGAGCUUCUCAGGGACUUUGCUCGACUUGUAAUCACAUGAGGCGGAACUCAUAUGAGCUUCAUCUAGAAGCAAGAUGAUUGAGCAAUUCGUCAAUUUCAUUAUUCGGCCUCCCAGGGCUGAGUAUAAUCCAGAUCAGUAUCUAUGGGAACGAGAAUUCACCCUUGCAGGAAGAAAAUACCAAAGGCAGGAUUUGGAGCUCAAGAAUGCAAGAGGCUAUACCUUGCAGUGUAGUCAUUAUCUCCCUUCACCUUUCCCUGGAGAUGUUCCUCUUCCAUGUGUUGUAUAUUGCCAUGGAAAUAGUGGAUGUAGGGCGGAUGCCAAUGAAGCAGCUGCUAUUCUUCUUCCAUUGAAUAUUACUGUUUUUACUCUUGACUUCUCGGGUUCAGGCUUAUCUGAUGGAGACCAUGUUAGCCUUGGUUGGCAUGAAAAAGAUGAUCUCAAGAUGGUGGUGUCGUAUUUAAGAAGCAACAAACAAGUAACACGUAUAAGUCUCUGGGGACGAUCAAUGGGUGCUGUUACUAGCCUUCUUUAUGGAGCUGAAGACCCUUCUAUUGCUGGAAUGGUGUUGGAUAGUGCCUUUUCAAACUUAUAUGAUUUGAUGAUGGAGCUCGUAGAUGUCUAUGAAAUUCGACUUCCAAAGUUCACAGUUAAAAUGGCCGUACAAUACAUGCGCCGGGUUAUUCUGAAGAAGGCGAAGUUUGAUAUUAUGAACCUGAACUGUUUGCUGGUUGCACCGAAGACAUCCAUUCCUGUUUUAUUUGGACAUGGUAAUGAUGACGAAUUCGUUCAGCCUCACCACUCUGAUCUCAUAUCUGAAUCAUAUGCGGGAGAUAAAAGUAUCAUAAAAUUUAAUGGUGAUCACAACUCCUCUCGACCACAGUUCUUUUUUGAUUCUGUUUCCAUUUUCUUCUACAAUGUCCUCCGACCUCCUAAGGUUCCUAGAGCUUUUAAGCUUGAGAAUUAUUACAACUUGGGGAGUUUAAAAGUUGGUUCUGCUGGGAACAAGAAUGUAUUAUAUAAGGUACUCUCUAGUCUACAGUCUGCAACUUCUGAUGCUUCAAGUUCAUCUUCUGCUCAUCCUAGCAGUUCAAAUUUGACCACUGCAUCAGUUACUGAACUCCUUUCAAAAGUUGCUCCUGUGACUGCUGCAGAGCCGAAUAGAGUAGAAGUAACACGUGGCAAUGACGAUGAGCCUGCAGAUGUAAAGGAUGAGCAAAAUUGUGUAACUGAAGAUUAUUUCUCAUUUAGUGGCUCAACUAGAGAAAGCUGGGGCAGAUGUUCUUCUUUAGGUCUCUGUGAUGAAGAAUCUUAUCCAGAUUUCAGGGAUGAUGAUAAUGGUUCUGAGGUAUUUGUGACACCUCGGGGAAGUAUGAAAGAAUCAUCGUCAGACCCAAAAGAAGAUGGAAAGAAUCAAAAGAAGAAGAAAGCUGAAAAAGUUUUAAAGAAGCUUAAAUCCGAAAGAUUCGAGAAGUUCGAGUCCCUCAGUCGACGCCUGCGGCUUUGCAUUUUGAAAGGAUCUGCUCAUAGAAGAAACCAGUCCUCUUGAUUUCUAUUGUCACUGUGAUAUAGUUUAUCGAUCUAACUGCAUUUGUUCUUAUAACAUCAAUGUAAUUAUACUACAUUACUGCUUUUAGCCAGUUCAAUUAUGCUUGUUUGUAGGAAAUUUCCAAUAUACUCAUGUGCAAAAUAUUAGUUUCUCUGUCAGGCUCAGCAUUCACCAGUGCCACGAAUGUGACUCAUCACUCA